AUUUGAAUUUCAAAUGCUUCAAAAUAAAGUCCCAUAAAAUCAUAACUGAAACUUAAGUGUAACGGCUGCUGUAACUUGACACAUAUUUUUAAGCCUCUUGUUCACUUCUCUGUUGUUGUCUUGUGAAGAAAUGGGAGAUGUAGCUUGUGUUAUGCAUCCUUUUUCCUAUACUUCUGGCACCUCUGAUGAACCCCACCAGAUGAAUCCCCUGCAUGCUCUUGGAGAGAGUGUUUCAUUUGGGAGGUUCAUGACAGACUCCUCUCUGUCAUGGGAAAAAUGGUCUGCUUUUACUCAGAAUAGGCAUGUUGAGGAGGCGGAGAGGUAUGCUCAACCGGGGUCAGUGGCGGAGAAGAAGGCCUUCUUUGAAGCUCAUUACAAGAGAAUUGCUGCUGCUAAGAAAGCUGCAGCUUUACUUGAGCAAGAAAAUGCUGCCAAGAAUGCUGAUGAGACGGAAUUGGGAUCCGGUGGCUGCAUUGAUGCACCUUCUGAUGCAGAAAAAAGUGGACUUGAAUUACAAGAACAAAUCUUGAUCAAGAUCAAGAGUGGUAAGGAGAAUUUGAUGGUCAGUGCUGAAGAAGAUGAAUCGAAUUCGAAUGCAAACUAUGCAAUUCCUGAUGAAUUGGGACUUGGAAUGGAAAUGGAUACUGAGGCAAAGGUUUUAGGGGAAAUUGCAAUGAACAUCGGAUCAGAAGACCCACCGGAGAAUUUUGAGGACAAAAACAAGGUUUCUAGGCUGGAAAGCAAUUUGCUGAAGGAUGCUGUACAAAUGGACAGAAAGAAGAGACCAGUUCUUUCUACCUUGAAAUCAUCAGUGUUCCGUAAAGUGACAUCCACCCCUGCUAAAUCUAUGCCACCAUUGGCCCCCAGAAAAGAGAACUCUUAUACUCCAGCCACCAUCAGGUCUACAAUGGAGUCUACAGAUAAAAAGAGGACAACACCAAAAUCCUUACGGAGGUUCAUUAAUUUUACUCCAACAAGGAGACCUGAAAAAUUACCAACUCCAGCUGCCAGAAAGACUGAAAGUUCAGCACCUGAUACUAAUUUCUACAAGGCCAAUAAAGAUUGUGCCACUCCUUCAAAAACUCCGGCAUCAGUGAGUGGAAUGCUGAAACAUCCUUUAGUAACUCCCUACACAGAAAGUAAAAGGGACAAGGAAUUGCUUGAUCCUCUAGCCCCUGGAAGCAAAACAAGUGGCCCAAAAUGGCACCUUUUAUCUUCAGUCUGUUCCAAAUCUUUGAGUGCCUGUCGGAAAAAAUUGCAAUCUUCGACAUUAUCUACUCCUUUUACCUUGAGAACUGAGGAAAGAGCUGCAAGAAGGAAACAGAAGCUUGAGGACAGAUUCAACGAGAAAGAGGCGCAAAAUGUUCAGAGGCAAGCAAAACUGAAGGAGAAAGCAGAAACAGAAGUUGGGAAGUUUGGUCCAAGCCUCUGUUUCAGAGCCAGACCUCUGCCUGAGUUUUAUAAGGAAAGAGAAACAUCAAAGAAACAAACAAAGAAGGCUCCAGAGAUGCACCCUCAGACUUCCAAACAAGCAGGAAAGAAGGCUAGUUCUAAUUCAAUUCAAGGCACAAAUCCAUUUGCAAAGUCCUCAAACAACUCUUUGAGGAAUUUCUUGAAGAAAAAUACUCAAGAAUGACUUCCCAAAAAAUCAGCAUCAAACAAGGAAAGAAGAAUUCAAAAGCAAAGAAAUACUUUGAGUCGUGGAAGUCGGGCUUCUGGUGAGCUGUUUAUACCGUUCAAUGUACUUUGCCAUGAUCAGUGAUUUACUGAUCUUCAGUUGUUUCAAACUUGAUCCCCCCCCCCCCCAAUAUAUGAUCUAUUUUAAAUUCGGAACUAUAGCACAUUGUAAAGAUUGAAGAGAAUUCGUCAAUGCAACAUAAUUACCACUUUUAUUC